UAAAGUGGGAGUUCUGAGGUUAAUAUGUAAAUAAAAAAUGUUCGGUUAAAACAUUUAAAUUCUGAAAAUGGCCGAGCGCGAGCCGCGAGGUGAAGUAACAUACUGACAGAAACGAAAGUGAAACGCCCCUCAGAAUCAGAUCACUUUCUGUUUUGACAGAGCAACUGAAACCAAACACGAAUAUUCUCCGCUGAAAGACAGAGCAACUGAAACCAAACACGAAUAUUCUCCGCUGAAAGACAGUCUUACAGGAAUAUGGAGCAAAGUGAUAUUGACGAGGGGUUAUAUUCUCGACAACUGUAUGUGAUUGACCAUGAUGCGAUGCGUCGAAUGGGAAAGGCUGAUGUCCUCAUCGCUGGAAUGAGAGGUCUUGGCGUGGAGAUCGCCAAGAAUGUGAUCCUGGCUGGGGUCCGAUCAGUCACCAUCCAGGACGAAGGAGUGGUGGAGUGGCGAGAUCUGUCUUCCCACUUUUACUUGAAAGAAACUGAUGUGGGUCAGAACAGGGCCUUGUGCUCUGAGAAACAGCUCUCAAGUCUGAACGUCUAUGUUCGAGUGUCUGCAAGGACUGACAAACUCAGCGAGGACUUCCUGAGCCAGUUCCAGGUUGUGGUGCUUACAAAUUCACCCUUUGAGGAGCAGCAAUGCCUGGGAACUUUUUGUCACUCAAACAAUAUAAAGUUUAUUGUGGCUGACACCAGAGGACUUUUUGGACAGUUGUUCUGUGACUUUGGAGAAUCAUUUGAGGUUAGAGACACAAAUGGAGAAAUGCCAGUCUCAGCCAUGAUUGCUCAUAUCAGCAAGGGGAAUCCAGGUGUUGUGACUUGCACAGAUGAAGAAAGCCAUGAAUUCAAUGAUGGCAUGUUGGUGACCUUCUCUGGGGUUCAAGGCAUGACGGAACUCAACAGCCAUGCCCCCAUUGAGAUUAAAGUGAGGGACAAAUACUCCUUCAGUAUUUGUGACACUUCCAACUUUUCGGACUAUGUGAAGGGCGGUGUGGCAACUGAAGUCAAACAACCGGAGAUCCUUAGCUUUAAACCUUUCAGUGUGGCAAUGGAAGAAGUGCUUAUAGAUCCGGAGCUUGUGGAGAUGACAGACUUUGGCAAAAAACAAAGACACCUGUCUCUGCACUUGGCUUUCAAGGCCCUGCAUCGAUUCUCUCAGGAAUACGGCCGAACACCCCGUCCUAGAUCUCAGGCCGAUGCUGAAUUGCUGCUCGCUAUUACGAAAAAGAUUUGUGCAGCUGCAGAGUUUAACGAACUUGAUGAAGACACUGUGCGGAAAUUAUCCCUGGUUGCCAGCGGUGAUCUUGCACCUGUCAAUGCGUUCAUUGGUGGGCUGGCUGCUCAGGAGGUGGUGAAGGCUUGCAGUGGUAAAUUCACUCCUCUCAGACAGUGGCUGUACUUUGAUGCGCUGGAAUGCCUGUCUGACGAAGAAGAGGGUGCGGAAGGUGUCCUGACUGAAGAUGAUUGUGCUCCUAGAGACAGUCGAUAUGAUGGACAGAUCGCUGUGUUUGGAUCUGCUUUUCAAGACAAAUUGAAGACCCAGAAUUAUUUCCUGGUUGGAGCUGGAGCGAUUGGUUGUGAACUGCUGAAGAACUUUGCUCUGAUUGGUCUGGGUGCAGGAGAGGGUGGGAACAUUACAGUUACUGACAUGGACUCCAUUGAGCGAUCAAACCUGAAUCGACAGUUUCUAUUCCGCUCACAGGACAUUGGGAGGCUGAAGUCAGAGGCGGCGGCAGAGUCCGCUAAAGCGAUGAACCCUUACAUGAACAUCACUGCUCACCAGAACCGAGUGUGUCCAGAGACAGAAGAGGUCUACACUUAUUCAUUUUACAGUCAGCUUGAUGGGGUUGCAGCUGCACUGGAUAAUGUGGAUGCCAGGGUCUAUCUUGACAAAUGCUGUGUGCGGAACAAAAAGCCCAUGCUGGAGGGAGGAACUCUGGGUAGUAAAGGCCACACUUUGGUUGUAGUGCCACAUUUGACCGAGUCAUACGGACCCGCCGUAUCUGGAGGAGAGAAAGCCAUUCCUCUCUGUACCCUCAAGAACUUCCCACACCGUAUAGAACACACACUACAGUGGGCAAGAGACCAAUUUGAGGGCCUUUUCAAGCACACUGCAGAGAACGUGAACCAGUAUCUCAGUGACCCAGCGUUUGUGGAGCGCACAGUCGCCCGUGGGGAUGUGGAGGCUGUGGAAGUGUUGGAGGGCGUCUAUAGGAGUCUGAACCAGGAACGGCCUCAGAACUGGACCGACUGUGUCAGCUGGGCCCGAGGACAGUGGGAAACACUCUACAACAACCACCUUAGACAACUACUGCACUGCUUCCCUCCUGACCAGGUAACAAGCUCUGGGCUUCCAUUCUGGAUGGGUGCAAAAAGAUGUCCCCAUCCUUUGACCUUCGACACCAGCAAUACCACCCAUAUGGACUUUAUUGUAGCAGCGGCCAAUUUAUACGGUAAGAUCUAUGGAAUUGAAGGCUCCAGGAAUCUUGUGGACAUUCAGAACAUUCUGCAGGGAGUAAAAGUGCCAGAGUUCACUCCUAAAUCCUCCGUAAAGAUUGCAGUGACUGAUCAAGAGUUGAAAGAGGAGAAUGAGGAAAGAAGAGAAGAGGACAAAGUCAAGCUGGAAAUGCUGAAGGAGAAAUUGUCAAAACUCCAGCUGAGUGAUCAGAACUUUCGAAUGCAUCCACAGGAGUUUGAAAAGGAUGAUGACAACAAUUUCCACAUGGAUUAUAUCGUUGCAGCAUCCAACCUGAGGGCAGAGAAUUAUGAUAUACCAACGGCCAACCGCCACAAAAGCAAGUUGAUUGCUGGCCGCAUCAUUCCAGCGAUCGCCACAACAACAGCUGCAAUCGCUGGACUGAUGUGUUUGGAACUGUAUAAACUCGUUCAGGGUCACCGGCAAAUGAAAUCUUACCGCAACGCGUAUGUCAACCUGGCCACACAAUACUUCGUCCUCUCACAGCCUCUUGCGGCCCCGACAUUUACAGUUGCAGGACAGCACUUCUCUCUCUGGGACGACUUCCUGGUCCAGGGCCGGCGUGAGGGUCAAGAGGAAAUGACCUUGAAGGAGCUGCUGAAACACAUUAAGGAAAACUAUAACUUGACAAUCACUGGCUUGUACUACGGUCCUGCUGUAUUGUACAGCGAUCUCUCGAAUCAUGGCGAUCGCCUAAAGCUAAGCAUAUCUGAUUUGAUUCGUUCUGUGACCAAGAGUAAGAUUCCAGCUCUCCAGCAGAUGUUUGAGAUCAUUCCCUCAUUUGCUGAGGAUGAGGAAUGUGAGAAGACCCUGCCCAUUAGAUACCUCAGGUGAUGUCAGCAAGUGGAAAUAUCACCAGAAAUAUGACCAAAGUAAUGGUUGUCAACUAAUAAUGUAUCUUUAUUUACUCCAAAUCUAACUUUAUCUGCUAAAUAGUCAUAAAAAUCACUUGAAUAUGAAUGUUUUUAAAUGUUUUAACUGGAAAAUUGUUUUUAAAGUCAACAUGAAAUGCUUCUUGCAAACUAGUUUACUUAUGUAUUUUACUCUGAAUGAAACAUGAUAUACAACCAGAUCAAAUGCAGGGAGGGACUUGAUUUUAAAGACAGACAUUUUUUUCCUUUGGAAUAAUCUGCACUGAUAAAUUGUGGACUAUAUGGCCAGGAAAGAGUAUUAACAAAGCAAAUAGGGUUUUGAUUUUUUAAUUUCAUGUUGACUUUGAGUAAUCAUGUCUUAAUUAUGAUUUUUUUAACAGUCUGUAAAUGAAAUAGCAUUGAAUUAAUUCUGUUCUUUAGCUAAUGAUUUUUAAAAAAAACAUCUGUCUAUCCACAAUCUUCUGUGAUAUCACUCCUGUGCUUUGUUAGUUCCAGCCCUCAUCCCUUUGUAUGCACCCCAUGACUACUCACCCCUCGACCAUUGUUAUGUAUAAAAACAAUUACAAAACAAUGAAAUACAGAGUAAAAGAGACAGCUAAUCAGUCCCCAAAAUGGAUCUAAACAAGCUCUGUCUGCUCCAGUUAAUUCAUUUAAUCACCUAGAUACCUUUGUGUGCUUUCUUAUCUAAAUACAUUAAAUCAGUGAGAGUGUUACUCACAAAGCGACUAGAAAGCAUUCUGGUUACAAGGCUCCAGUUCUAGACUUGAAUUCUUGGUACUAAAAUCCAAGAAAAGAGUUUCAAUAUGUAUGUGUCAACAUAUCAUGUUAUUCUGUCAGUCCAUUAGUAAAGCCUAAUUUCAAAAAGCA